GUUUGAAGCUGCGCAGUCUCAUCACCAUGGGAUCCAUGGGCUGAAUGCCGAAGUCCGAGGCCAAAGAUGCGUCAUCCUCCGCGGAGGCAGGACGUUCUCGCCGCAAAAAAGAGAAAGCCACAGCCAAGCCUCCCAAGCCUCCCAAGCGGCAUCAGUUCUCCUUGGGCGGACGACCCGGACGGCUCGGCGAAGAUAUUGAAAGCUCCACCAGGGAAGGUGUGCGCAAGGCAUGCAGGUCCUUGGAUAGUUUGCUGGAAAGUUUCGAAAGCUUUGUGAAUGAAGCGAGCACCUUGGCCCGAGCCAUUCAAGUGGUCUCCGACAAGAUCAGCUUGCUGACAAGCGCCUCCACCGGAGCCGUCGGCAAGGCCAUGGCGGCGCAUCCUGGAACGCAGGAACGCCUUUUGGCGCAGCUGGUCUCGCGUGUGGAGAACUUCCGUUCCGAGGGCCUGGUUCUACAUGCGAGGUUCGAGCGCCAGCAUCAUGCCCUUUUGGAGCAAAGUUUGAAUUCCCUACGUCUCUGGAAACAUCGUCGUGAGGUGGGUGCGCCGGCGCUUUCAAGUGAUCCGGAUCCAGGUGAUUUACCUCCUAUUGAUCCUUUGGAAGCUGCUGAGCGGCUCAUGCAUGUGCUGGCCAAGAUGAUCAGUGGAGUCUCACAAUGGAAGGAGCACCUCCUUUCGUGCAGAUAUUUGCCAUCCAGCAAGACAAAGUUGCCUGCUGAACCCGAAGCAGUACCAGCCAAGCCAAAUCUGCAGGAGGAGCGACAGCUUUUAUUGAAACUAUGUGCCAAAUCUUUCCAUAAUUAAAA